CGGAUUUUCUGCCAGGGCAACUGGGCGGAGGAGGAAGCGCAGGAACGCCCGGGUCCUGCCUCCCGCGCUGGAGCAUUUAACCGCGGGCGUCGUGUGCGGAGCUGCAUCUCACAUCAUCGCACAUCCCUGCUCAGCCUCCAGCUGCCCCGGAGACAGAAGAACAGGGAGGAUGAGCUGCAGCAGGUACCCGGUGGAUGUGAAGGCCGUGGGCUUGAUGCAAUGCAGAAAGCAGAAGAACUACAUGAUGUUCGUGUCUUGGUCAGAUCAGAACAACAUCCUCAUCUACCGGACAUUUGAAGACUUUAAGAGAUUCCAUAAAGAGCUGAAGAGAAAAUUCCCCAUCGAGAGCGGCUCGAUCAGGAGAUCGGACCGAACAAUUCCCAGGUUUAAAGAUGCAAACGUGAAGCAGAGGAAGAGCAGGAAGCCAAACAGGUGCCUGGAGGUUCUGAAACUGCUGGAAACUUAUUCCCAGGAGCUGCUGAAAACAGACCCUAAAAUCUCCCAGGGGGAAGAUGUAAUUCAGUUUUUCAAGGCACAGACCCAAGACCUGGAUCCCUCCUUUCCUGAAAACAGUGUCGUUAUCAUGCCUUCGGAAAUGGGAGGGGAAAAGCAGAGCCGGUCCCAGCAGCAGCUCUCCCAUAUCACCCACCCCCAGGCGUCCCAGAGCUACCGCUGCAUCGAGCCCUUCGAAACCAAGGACACCAAGAACAAGCCUUUCAAAGUCGCUACAAAGGAAAUUGUUGAAGUGUUAAUCAAGGACGUGACGGGGUGGUGGCUGGUAGAAAAUGCAGACAAGCAGAUUGCAUGGUUCCCAGCCUCCUACCUGGAGGAGAUCGACAUCCACAGGGACAUCCAGAACGCCCUGAGCUCCAACGAGGAGGGUAAGUCUGCGUCUGAUUCCUGGGACACCACGUUCCUCCUUCAAAAGUAUGAGUUCUGCGAAAAACCCGCCGCUUUAACCACUGCUUGGACCUCUGGGGCUGUGAUUCUUCUGAUCACCUGUGCAAAUCAUUCCAGGGACACCAGCUCUACAUCUCUUGCUCGCUCCUGCUCUGUCACAGGGAUGGGGACAUAUUCUCUGCAAAGCAAACCCAACUUCCCUCUCUCUGCAGGCAGCCUGUUCUUUGUUGUGCAGGCCUAUGAGGCUCAGAAGGCAGAUGAGCUCUCGCUGAACAACGGCGUUGUGGUGGAGGUGGUCAGGAAAUCCGACAACGGCUGGUGGCUGAUCCGCUACAACAGCUGUACUGGGUACCUGCCCUCCAUGUGCCUCCAGCCCUACAAGAAUCCCCACCACAAGCUCCAGAGCAUCAUGAACUCCGGGCUCAACAUCUCCACCCCCAACCUCUGCUCCUCCCCGAUGGCUCCGUCGCCUACGGGACAGCACAGGGUCCAGGUUCGCUCUUCCCCUGAGCAGACUGAGGACGGGAACUCUCUGAGGAGCAGAUCAAGGUCUCUGCCCAGGGUCAGCUCCACCCCAGACCUGGAGUUGGACAGCUCACCCCUCAGCUCGGGGAGCGGCAGCGAGCACGACGGCCGGCUGGGCUGGAAACCUGAUUUGUCUCGAUCUCUGCCUGAGGUGGAGCAGGGCAGGAGCUCUCCCCGGGGCCACGACUCAGCCAUGCACAGCAGCAAGUCCCCACGCCUCACCCACGAGGACAGGAAGGACUCUGGCUUUGUGGAGUCAUCCACAGUGGAUCUCAGCUGCUCCCUCCCUGACCCCGACUUGGCCGCUUGUGUCCCCAAGGUGCCUGCACGUCCCUCGGCCCACGAGAUCCUCCAGAAGUGCAGCACCAUCACCAAGCGAGCCGUGCAGCAGUCGUCCUCCCGCCCAGCCCUCCAGGCUCUGCUCCCUCUGCCCAAUGUCCACUAGUGUCCCCAGGGGGACAAGGACCCAGCCCUGGGCCAGCACUGUGACUGAGCACUGGGCACCCUCCUCACCAAUGUCUGUGGGCAGCGUCAGGGCUUGGGACUGUCAUCUUCUAGGGACACACGUGCAAACAUCGCUUCCCUGGGGAACAGUGACUCGAGCAGUGGCUUCCCCAGGGAGGCUGGGGGGCAGGAGGGGCUUUACUGGAGUUCAGCGGGGGGUUUAGUGGUUGAACUGGGGUGUGCCGCUGAGGGGAGUCGCAGCAGCCGCGGGUCUGGCAGCUCCCGUGUCGUCUCGAGGUGACGCGGGAUCCAGCUCGUUCUCCCUCAGGCAGGCUUUUCCCCUGCGAUGUGAUAUGUGGACAUUUCCUGGUAGUUCUUGCGUUACUCCCGAGUGCUGCGGAGGGAAACCCAGACCCAGGAAGGGACAGUCAUCCAGGAAACCCAGAGCUGCAGUUACUGCUGUGGGAUGAUGCACCUGUGUGAAUGUCAUUUAUCUAAACCACCUAUUUUAUACAUUUUUAAAAAUUAUUUGAUUUUUGUUGUUUGGGGUUUUGGUUGGAUUUUUUUUUAAGGUUAGUGGAGAGCUGGACAGAUACAUGAAUCGGCGGGAUCUGCUGAAUGGCUGUGAGAACAAAAACCCCUGUUAGCCAGGAGUUUCACCUUUGACUGUUCCCUCCAGAAACACUGUGGUUGUAGGACAGGUUGUCUCCCAGCUGGGUAAGGGGGACAGAGCUCAUUUUUACGAAGAAAACACUCCCCUUUCCAGGGGUGUGAUAGUUACUGAAACCGAGGGCAAUUCUCAUCCUAAACUUGUUUGCUAGAACUGAAUUAGAAAAUUAGUUAUAGCAAAAGUCAACUUUUAUACAGAUUGCUACCUUUAGUUUUAAUUAUUCUCCCAGGUAUCUAUUAAUUUUUUUUUAAACAAGCAAUUUAACCAACUUGUGACAUUUUUACAUUGUUCUAAGUUUUAUAUGUUUUUGUCUCUGAAAUAAAACACAUGUAAAUACCUACAAA